UGAAAAAAAAUAUGAGAAUCAGGAGGGAAAAAAACGCCAUUAGAGCCUUCCCUUCUGCUUUGCUUCUCUGGUUAUCCUUUUAGGAAAAUCCUUUCAAUGUUGCCUUAAUUUUCUUUCUUGAAUUCUUCCCAAGUUACAUUGUGAUUAUCAUUCUUUGAUCUGUUAUUGUAAUUUUAUUGAGUACUUUUUAUUCUUUGAGCGAAUUCAUUCUUGAUUAUUUUGUUUGGGGAUUCUAGGUUAUGAAAGAUUUACGUGUUUCUCUCCAUAAUAACCAGAGAAUUGAAGCGGAUCAGUUGUUCUCUCCUGAUUUGCCUCUCAAGAAAUCAAGAAACGUAGUUAGAAUUCGUAUCCGAAGUCUUGAUCUUCCUCUUAUCUCAACCGCCACUAGUUGUUCUUGCGAUUUACUCCUUCUUGAACCGGGAAGGCCUUGCACCAUUGGAAGAAGCAAGCGGAACUGUCAGUUGAUUGUUGAGGAUCACCGUGUCAGUAAGCAACACUGCCAGAUUUUCUUUGAUAGCGUUGACCGCAAAAUUUAUAUUAUCGAUGGGGCAAUUUUAUCGCAUACUUUUAGUGAUUUUAUUGAUGUAUUUAGGAAAAGAUUGCUUUAUUGCAAAGAAUUGGAAGAGAAGGAGGAGAUUCUGGAGCAAUUUAAGGCUAGGGCUUCUUUAAAUGGGGUUUUUGUGAAUGGGGUUAGGGUCCGAAAGGGCUGUAGUGAGUUGUGUGCAGGAGAUGAGGUUUUGCUUGUUUGUGGUAGUGAAGAGGGUGUAUGUCUUUCUCAUAUUCGAGUCGGGUUCAUUAUUAUAGGGAUUGUUUUCUCGGAGGAGGUGUUUAUGGGGUUAAAUGACAUGCGACUGGAGAGAGCGAGGUUAUUUGAGGGAACAAAUUCUUUGGGACAAUCACAAGGGUCUGUCUCCAGUGGGAAGAGAAGCAAAAGGGUUUAUUCUUGCAGGGAGACUGAUGUUAUGCCCUUAGGUUUUGAUUUUUCUGCAUCAAGAUGUGGAGACGUUGUCCAGAGAACAAAAUUUCUUUUAAGUCAAUGCAGAGGCAUAUUGCGUAGUGUUGACCCCAUAUCUUACAUUCAACGAUGUGCUGUUCUUAAUUUUGGAAUAGACACCAAGGGUUUCGGUCGCAAAAGAGCGAGAAGCUCUCCAGGGUUGACCGAUGAGGAUGCUAAAGGGUUAACAACUGGUGAAUCAAACAUGAAAAAUGAUGCAUUAAUUACUGGUUUAGAAUGUAUGCUAUAUGACGAGACUCCGAUUGAUCAAAAUACUGGGAAGAUUGUAAAUCAUGAGACCGCUUAUAUAUGUUCAAAAAGUGACCAUUUACAUCGGAAAGAUACUAUUGGAGUCCCCCCUGAAAAUACUGUCACAAACGAUACAGCUAACACUUCAUUGUUGAAUCUUUUGGUGGAGGAGCAUGCUUCUCAAUCAGAUGUUACGCAGAAAAAGCUGUGUGGAAGUUCUUGUUCUGCACCUGGGAAGAAGUUUCUCCUGAACCGCCUUGAAUUUAUGGCAUCUGGUUGUCCUACGAUGAUUUCUCUGCCAGAACUUUUUUAUCCUUUGGAAAGCAUUUCACAAAUAUUUAUUGCCACAUUUACAAGUGAUAUUUUAUGGUUUUUAUCAUACUGUGAGAUACCUUCCCAUCUGCCAGUGACCAUCGCAUGCCAUAAUUCUGAGAGAUGUUGGAGUUCAAGCCCUGAGAAGCGAACAUGCAUGCCUUAUCCAGAUUUUCCCAGCUUAGUUGUGGUGUAUCCCCCUUUUCCUGAGGCUGUAGCUUUUGGUAAAGACAUCAAGAAACGGGGCGUUGCUUGUCAUCACCCUAAACUGAUUGUUUUGCAAAGAGAAGAGUGUAUUCGUGUUAUCAUUACCUCUGCAAAUUUAGUGGCAAAACAGUGGAACAAUGUGACCAACACCGUUUGGUGGCAAGAUUUCCCUCGCAGAAGUGCACCUGACUAUUCAUCGCUUUUUAUGCGAGUCCCUAAUGGGGAAGUAAAUCAAGAUUCAAAAUCUGAUUUUGCUGCUCAGCUGGCUGGCUUUAUGUCAUCUCUUGUGAUUGACGUCCCCAGUCAGGCUCAUUGGAUUGUGGAGCUUACAAAGUUUGAUUUUGGAGAGGCAGUUGGCCAUCUUGUGGCAUCAGUUCCUGGGAUUUAUUCUCGUAGAACUUCUUAUAUGUCAGAGUCCAUGUCCUCCCAAUCUGUUCCUUCUUGGUCAUUUGGCUCAAUGUUCCUUGGUUCUGUUGAAGCAUCUGUUGUUGGAUUAAGCCACCUUUUUCAUGCUGCUGCUGACUCAAAUGGUGCACGUCUUAAGCGGAUGGCUGCGUAUCUUCGAAAUUUUCGUAAAAAUAACUUUGGAUUGGCAGAGAUAGUUUUGAGAAGAAAUGCUAAUGUGCCAGCAGAUGCAAAUGCUGUUAGUGUUCUUGUGGCUGAUCCUGACGAAUUCUCUGGUGAAGGAGAUUGCGUACAGCUUGGUUUUCUUCCCAGAAAAGUAGCGAAAUGGGUAUCUCCAUUAUGGGAUUUUGGAUUCUUCAGGUUCUCUGGAUAUAUACGCCCAGAAGAAGCCCUUGAAGCUGCUCUAGGUGGAAGCAACACCAGAGUACCUCUAAUACUAUAUGUUUCACAGGGGCCUCAUUUUUCUGGUAUGCCGAACAUGUUGCAACAGGAACAUGCUAUUGCAUUAUGCUCUCUCAUUGCUUCCAUUGAGAGGUAUACCGGCCUUUGGCGAUUGCAAGAGGUUCUGUGUCAAUACAAAUGGCCUGAAUCACAAGAGUUUGAUUUUUUUUAUGGUUCAUCCUCAAUUGGCUCAUCAGUCAACCCACAAUUUAUAUCCGCAUUUUCAGCUGCUGUUGGAAAGAGAUCAAUGCAGCUUUUUGAUUCUGAAGAGUCUGAUCCAGAGUGGGGCUGCUGGAACGCUAGUCUAGAAUCCAAAUUACCAUCUAUUCGAAUAAUCUUUCCCACAAUUGAGAGAGUGAAGAAUGCUUGUAGUGGAAUAUGGCCUUCAAAGCACUUACUUUGCUUUUCAGAGAAAACUUGGCAAAGGCUCAAACCCAUAAACGUUCUUCAUGAUGCAAUACCUCAUCCUUCCAAUAGAAUAGGGCACCCAAUGCAUGUGAAGGUGGCAUGGAGACGCUUCGAGUCUAAGAUAGAAGGGUCUUCUUGUGGUUGGGUUUAUUGUGGGUCACAUAACUUCAGUCCGGCUGCAUGGGGACGGCCUAUUUCCAAUCAUUAUGGGAAAAACAACUCUUCUCUGGGUUUGAAGCUGCAUGUUUGUAACUAUGAACUUGGAAUCAUUUUUGUCUUUCCUCCAACGCCGAUGAAUGGCACCAUCAAUCAAUGCAGCAGAAACUUGGAUGAAGUGGUAAUGCCAUUUGUUGUGCCAGUUCCAAAGUAUGGACCUGGAGAUAAUCCAGCAACAAUGCAGGCCAUGAGUCGCGCAUUGUCUGACCGGAGUGACAAAGAUUGUGUAAACCUUGCAGAAAUAGGAAGCACUGAAGACAUGAUUGACGAGUUCUCUGACGAAGAAGAUCAAGUUAUUGAGACAGCUGAUUAUGUUGAAGAGGAUAGAGAGGAGGAAAAAACGUAUGCUGAAAUGCUGUGGAGCCAGGUUGAUUUGUCUCAAAGCUGUUAGAUGGGUCUUCUUCAGAUAAUGGUUUUAUGUAAGCUGUUCGCCGAGAUGGCGAGCUUGACCACAAUUACUCUUGUGUGAUUUGUAAGAUGAGUACUUGCUCAGUCUAGCGUCUGCAUUGGCAUUAACAGAGGAUGUCAAUUCUUGUAUAUUUCAGGGUAAUUUUUUUCCCCGCAAAUGCGAAAAGGAUAAUGUAAAAUUAUUGUUUGAUUCAUAACAUGCUGAUUUGUUUUGGGAUUUUAA